UCGCUGAUUACGUCACGCCGCCGUGGCUGAGGCGGUUCCGCUGGCUGGCGUGUACGCGGCUGGCGAGCCCCGGUGCGGCCCGGCGCCCGAGACCCCGGCCCCGACCCCCCUGCGGCCCGGCCGCCGCGCGAACAUGGACUCCGCAGGCCAAGAUAUCAACCUGAAUUCUCCUAACAAAGGUCUGCUGUCCGACUCCAUGACCGAUGUCCCUGUCGACACGGCGGUGGCUGCCCAGACUCCUGCUGCGGAGGGUCUGACCGAGGCUGAGGAGGAGGAGCUUAGGGCUGAGCUUGCAAAGGUGGAAGAGGAAAUUGUCACUCUGCGCCAGGUCCUGGCAGCUAAGGAGAGGCACUGUGCGGAGCUGAAAAGGAAGCUGGGCCUCUCUGCCUUGGAAGGCCUGAAGCAGAACCUGUCCAGGAGCUGGCAUGACGUGCAGGUCUCGAACGCCUAUAUGAGAACUUCUGAGAAACUUGGAGAGUGGAAUGAGAAAGUGACCCAGUCAGACCUCUACAAGAAGACUCAGGAAACCCUCUCUCAGGCGGGACAGAAGACUUCAGCUGCCCUGUCCACCGUGGGCUCUGCCAUUAGCAGGAAGCUCGGGGAUAUGAGGGCUCGUCCGUUCUCCCACUCGUUUAGCAGCUCUUCAAUCCGCCACUCGAUAAGUAUGCCGGCCAUGAGGAAUUCUGCGACCUUCAAGUCCUUUGAAGACCGAGUUGGGACCAUAAAGUUUCCCCAGUGAUCCCGUUUUGCACCACAAGCAGGAUAGGACAGUGGUACAGCCAAGGUGGACAGUCUCAUCCCCACAGCCGUCCUUCCUGGUGCUCGCCUUCCUCCGGCUGCCCCAGAGCCACUAAUCUGUUCUCCAUUUCGAUGACUUACCAUUUCACGAGUGUCAUGGGAUUGGGACCAUAUAGCGUGGAGCCUUUGAAGAUUUGCUCUCUUUACACUGCAUAAGUCCCUGGAAAUACUGCCAGCCUGUUGCCCGUGUCGGGGAUUUGCUCCUUGAUAUUGCUGAUCGGUGUCCAUCCAUGUGGCGUAGACUCCAGGGAGCUGAGCAGCUGGGAUUCCCAGCGCCGCCUAGCGCCUGCUGGGCAUGGUGUGCUCUGUCUCAGGGUUUGGUUUUGUUUUGUUUUGUUUCUUGGUUUUUUUCCCAUCUGUAGUCUAAGGUUGUAGGUGGCAGAGAGAAUGGCAGUGACAACCUUCCCUCCCCGACCGGGAGUGGCGACAAGCCCCUGCCCGACCACACGCCUUUCUAAGCCCACCGCAGCUUUGCCUGGCCACGGAACAAGUGCAAGCACACCC